ACUCAAUUAACAAUGUUUUUUCCUGUGUAUUCAUGUCUCUGGGCUGAACACUGGUUAGGUAGUGCUCACAUGCAUGCUGCUAUACAUCGGAUGCUAGUGAGUAGUGAUCGAUAUGUCCGGCUGUUUCCAUUAAUGGAAUAUUGCAGGAUUACUUCAUCCUAUUUCAUUAAAAAACACUUGACCACUUAUUACGUUGGUGUCCUCUAAUCACAGCUCCACUAUAUAUAUUGCCCCUAUCUCUUCCCUCUAAUAUAAUCAUGCUGCUAGCUUAUGCUUAUAUCAUUUCGUUCACACUGCGAACCGUUUAGCUGCAAACUUCUCUGCAGUUACUGUGUUAUAUAUCUCUGAUGGAAGCAUCAAAGAUUAGCUGCCUACAGGUAGAUGAGCAGCUUGAUUCAGUCCAAUUUUACCUGACAAAUGUUGUCGAGAGAUAUGUGAUAGAUGAGCCUCCAGAAGAUGCUCAGGCAGUCUUGAAGAGGCAGCACGGUAUUGACAACCUCUUAGGACAUUUCAGGCAACACCUCCAGGAGAGGUCAGCUCAUCAUCUUGGUCAUCCACUUAGCCAAAAAUUGGAUGUUGGCCCUCUCGCACAAUUUCAACACUUCCACAUUAACAAUAUUGGAGAUCCUUUUGUUGAGAGCAACUAUGGUAUCCACUCCAGACAGUUCGAAUAUGCAGUGUUGGAUUGGUUUGCACAUUUGUGGGAGAUCCCCAAGGACCAGUAUUGGGGAUAUGUCACAAAUGGUGGAAGUGAAGGGAACUAUGAUGGGCUCUUAGUUGGGAGAGAGCUGUAUCCUGAAGGAAUAAUCUAUGCAUCACAGGACUCACAUUACUCUAUCUUCAAGGCCGCAAAAAUGUAUAGAGUCCAGUGCAUCAAGAUUGACACCUCCUUUUCAGGAGAGAUGAGAUAUGAUCAUUUCAGAACUAAACUACUCGAAAACGCUAGGAGACCUGCAAUUGUGAAUGUCAAUAUUGGUACUACCGUCAAAGGGGCAAUUGAUGACCUUGAUGAGAUUAUAAGCACGCUUGAAAACUGUGGAUUUCGAGAUAGAUUUUAUAUCCACUGUGACGGUGCUCUAGCUGGUCUCAUGCUGCCCUUUAUCAAACAGGCUCCAAAGGUAACAUUCAUAAAGCCAAUAGGAAGCAUCAGCGUCUCAGGCCAUAAGUUAUUGGGCUGCCCAACACCAUGUGGUGUGGUAAUUAAUAGGUUGAAAGACAUUGAUGUCUUAAAGUCCACAAAUAUUGAGUACAUUGCUUCAAAUGAUGUCACCAUAUCUGGAAGCCGAAACGGUCAAUCCCCAAUCUUCCUAUGGUAUAAACUGAAAAGUAUGGGAUACGAGGGUAUUCAGAGAGAAAUUGAAGCAUGCUUAAGAAAUGCAUGUUACCUUACAGUUCGUCUCAGAAAUGUAGGUAUUAGUGCAUUUAUGAACUCAAAAAGUAUCAUAGUUAUAUUCGAGAAGCCCAAAGAUGAGAUGUUCAUGCAAAAGUGGCAGCUUGCAUGUGCAGGAAAUGUAGCUCAUGUUGUGGUAAUGCCACAUGUGAGCUUUGAAAUGCUUGGCAUAUUUGUUGAGGAGCUUGCAGAGAAACGGUAUGCGUUGCUUCAGAAUAAAGAAUUCAGUGUUCCUUGUGUUGCAAUGGAUAUAGGCCAAGAGAAUUGUCUAUGCAAGCUCCAUGAAAACAUUAGAUCCAGCUUAUGAUCUUAUCAUGUUGGUUUGAUUUUGUUUGAACCAGAUAUAAAUGUACUAGUGGAUUUGUCAAUCCUAUAAUUUGGUCACCCGUACACCAUCAUUGAAUACAAUUUAUUUCUUUCCAAAUGGAAAUUUGUGUUGAACACUAAUGAAAAAGAACAAUUGUCUCAUCAUAUGCCCUAGAGGCAAUUGAGAGAUUACUGUUUCCAAACCUAGUCAAGUUUUCCUGAAAGAAAUAUUUUAUCGCAUGAUUACAUCAAUAGCUGUUAUUUAUUAUGAUAAGUGAGUAGGUGAAUUCACUAUAAUGGACAUGGUCAUUGGAGAUACUGGAAGGUACUACGCACGUUGAUGCAGGAUUUUACAGAAAGUUGUGGUUAGAUCAGGGAAGAGAAAUUAAGAUCAAAUCAUUGCUGAAAUACCUCAAACAUCUAAUGAUACAUGUGCUUUAUUAUACUAUAUGAUGCUGUAAUAAACAUGGGAUGACUUGAGCAAAGUUAGAUAUGUUGUACUCCAUGACAACCUGAGAAGAAAACUCAACUCAAUAAAUUUUAUGCAUUUCACUGAGCAUGAACGAAUAACAACUCUAUCAAUUAGUCUGUACGCUAAGAACAAAGAUACCAAAACAUCCUGGCCAAAGUAUAAUGAUGUUCCAAUUUUCUGUCAGUUCACAUAUAUAUAACUCUCAAGCUGCAAGUUGAAUAAGUCUAGAUUACAUGAAUUAGAAUCACAAUGUAUACCGUGCACAUAAUCAAAGUAACAAAUAGUUGAUUUGACUCAAAUUCCAUUCUACAUGACUCCGUACUCUUUUAAACAGAGCAUAAUGCAGAGAGAGAGAGAGAUAGAUGAUACUUACUGUCUUAGUGUUCGCUCCGCCCCCUUCCCCCUUACCUCUUCCCAAGAUUUCUCUUCAGAAAGAGCACACGAUCAAGUUUGAGCAUGAAAAGUUAGCACAAGAACAGACUAGAUAUAAACAUUCAAGAACACGCUUACACACGGAGGAAUAGAUCAAUCUAAUAUUCUAAAGCUGACAGGUUGUCCUGCCAGUUGAUUGGUCCACUUGUUCCAUUAUUUUUUCAACACGUGUCGCUUCUAGACGCUCAAAUCAAUCGCACUCAGUUGACGCCAGCUAGGCCGCGCAUACUUGUGAGCUGGGCCACGCCGGCCUGACCAGCACCUAGGCUGAAAAAAAUAUAAACAAG